AAAAAAACUUACAAAUCACCGUCCCAGACAACAGCCCUCUGUGCAACCAGGAAGGGAGUCUAGUCCCGCGGAGGAAGUAGCCGCUUUUUUAAAGGGAGAGACCACGCCCCAAUGGGCUGGUAUCUCAGCAUCUAUUGGUUGGAGGGGCGGAAAGACCUCCCGCAACAGUUUUUUUUUAAAUAUUUUUUUUUAUGGUUUAUUCAAUUCCAUUUUAUGUGCAUUGGUGUGAAGGUGUCAGAUCCCCCCGCAUCUGGAUCUUCAGACAGUUGCGAGCUGCCAUGUGGUUGCUGGGAAUUGAACCCGGGUCCCCUGGAAGAGCAGUCAGUACUCUUAACCACUGAGCCAUCUCUCCAGCCCCCUUUUUUGUUUUUCGAGACAGGGUUUUGCUGUAGCUAUCAAGCCUGUCCUGGAACUAGCUCUUGUAGACCAGGCUGGCCUCGAACUCGCAAGGAUCCACAAGCCUCUGCCUCCCGAGUGCUGGGAUUAUUCUUAAUCCUCAUUGAAUGCUGUGCAAGGUUAUAGUAGUUGUCAGAGAAUUUUAAGUCUUCCUGUGACGAAAGGCAACUAAUUAAUGGGUUGAGGGUAGCUCCUUCUGCCUACAAUUUAAAAACUUUCAACAACAUUUUAGUCAUCUAUAGCCCUCAAAACUGUGUACUAGAGCUGGGGGCAGAGGCAGGAGGAUCUUGUGAAUUCGAGGCCAGCCUGAUGUACAUAGUUGUGUUCUAGAACAGCCAGGGCUGCGUAGUUAGAUAGACGCUGUCUCAAAACACAAAACAGAACAAAAAGUGUGUCCCAAGGGGUCGUCUUUUCGUUGUGGUUUUUAAAUCCAAGUCAUGAGUGCGCCGGCAGCAAGCAAGAGGUGGUAGUAAAAGUUUUAUCCCGGGAACUCACUGUACUCAGGGGCGUGCGGAAGAGGAGACAAAGACCGAUCUAGGCUCGGCCCUCAGGCGCGCAAGGUGUCCGAGAGGGAGGAGUCUAGGGCGUCAGUUUGACCCCGGACAUUCAGCCUGGGGUGGCGAAGCCAUGGUCUCCCGAGGGGCUGAGAUAGAGGGCCUGGUUCUCCCGCCGGCCGUACACCCAGUCUCUCGCUCCAGGCAAGCAGUUCUGCAGGUCGGACGCCCCCGGCCUCCCGCAGGGCGCUUUCCCGCCUCCUUUUCCCGUCCUCCCCAACGCUCCUCUGCGCGCAGCGGAAGUGACGCAAGACGUAGCGGAAGUCCCUGCAGCCGCGGUGUUGUGCUGUGGGGAAGAGACAGAUUUGUAAACCUCAGAGUGAGGUUCAGCCUGCCGGAGGCCGCUGCGGUGCGGAGACCCCCGGAGAAGCCACCGUCACCAUGUCUGAUCAGGAGGCAAAACCUUCAACUGAGGACUUAGGGGAUAAGAAGGAAGGAGAAUACAUUAAGCUCAAAGUUAUUGGACAGGAUAGCAGUGAGAUACAUUUCAAAGUGAAAAUGACAACACAUCUCAAGAAACUCAAGGAGUCGUACUGUCAAAGACAGGGAGUUCCAAUGAAUUCACUCAGGUUUCUAUUUGAAGGUCAGAGAAUUGCUGAUAACCAUACUCCAAAAGAACUGGGAAUGGAGGAAGAAGAUGUGAUUGAAGUUUAUCAGGAACAAACGGGGGGUCAUUCAAGGGUUUAGAUAAUUCUUUUUAUUUUUUUUCCUUUUCCCUUAAUCCUUUUUUAUUUUUAAAAAUAGUUCUUUUGUAAUGUGGUGUUCAAAAUGAAAAUUGAAUACUGGCACUCCAUCUCUUUAGAACAUCUGGUAAUUUGAAUUCUAGUGUUCAAUAUUCAUUAUUGGUUGUUUUUGUUGUGCUGAUUUUUGGUGAUCAGACCUCAGCUCCCUUAAUAUUGCCCUUCAUAUUUUAAACAAUUUCAUAUGUGCACAGAGAGGCCACCCUUUUCAGGACUGUGCAUUUUCAAGUUUGUGAUGAUAAAAAGAUGGACCAGUGGGAGCUUUCCUAUGACCUUCCAGUUGGCCCUGAAGUUCCAGCAUGCAGUUGCUUCACGCCUGGACCGUGGUUUUCAGUGGGAGAUGGAAGGACUUCAGAGACCUGAACUGUGGGAAAAUGACCUUUCCUCAGCUUGAAGCUACUUUUAAAAUUUGAGGGUCUGGACCAAAAGAAGAGCAUCACGUUUGUAGUCAAGAUGACAGUGAGAGUGACAGCUAACUCCAGGAUGGCUUCACCGGAGAGAAGAGUAAGGCAGGCUGUCUGAAGAUCCCGGAAGGCUGUAAUUUCCAUCAGCAGUUAGUAGGAAAGUUACUCUUGCAGAAGUGUACGCAACAGACACUGCUCCUUUUGAUUCUGUUUGUAGUUUUUGGCCUGGGACAUGGGUUUUCAAGGGACAUCGUCUGUACCAGCUUCAUUAAAAUAAACAAUAUUUGUAAAAACCGUACAAAA